UCCCCGGGAACACUGGACGAGGCCGAGGAGGUCACCGAGAGGUCGCACUGAAUUGUUGACAGUCUCCACACUACCCGAGCCUCGCUUCACCAUGGUUCCGUCGACGAGUCUUCUGCUCCUGCUGGUGGGGGUCCUUGGUGCCACGACUGCCGCCCCCCAAGACGCCCCUCGCGCCACCCUGGACGACGUUCGCUUCCUGCUGUGGACGAAGAGUAACUCAGGGAACAGCCAGUACGUGGAGCUGAAGGAAGGAGACCAAAGCAGCCUGGGCCCCUUCAAUAAGGCCAACCCCACGGUGGUGCUCGUGCACGGCUUUGCCAACAGCGGCGAUAGCGGCUGGCCGGUGGACGCCAAGACAGAACUGCUGGCGCACGGCUCCUACAACGUCAUCGCGGUGGAGUGGAGCCAGCUGGCCGUGGCGCCCUUGUACCCUGCGGCCGUGGCCUUCGUGCCUCAGGUCGGAGCCCUCACGGCGAGUCUCCUGGACUGGCUGCACAACGCGGCAGGUAUGGACGCCUCCGGGGUGCAGGCUGUCGGCCACUCCCUCGGGGCUCAUGUCGCGGGAGCCAUCGGACAGAACCUGAAGACCUUCCGCCUUCCCUUCCUCACGGGCAUGGACCCCGCUGGACCGGAGUUCUUCGACGAGCCGGCCUCUAACCGCCUUGACAAGACCGACGCAAACUUUGUCCAGAUCAUUCACACCAACGGCUGCAAUGUUCUGAAUGCGUGCGUGGGGCUGCCGGACGUGAUGGGACACGUGGACUUCUUCCCCAACGGUGGCGAGCACCAGCCGGGCUGUACCAUUGGCGGGGACUGGAUGGACCUGCUGGUUGGUGGGUGCAGUCACGGCAAGUCGAUCAAGUACUGGAUCGAGAGCAUCAACGGGGCGACCCCGUUCAAGUCGCACCCUUGCCAGGACUGGGCAUCAUAUGAAGGCGGCAGCUGCAGCGGCUGUGGGCAGGGAUGUCUUAACAUGGGCUUCCAAGUGAGCCACAGCCUGCAAGGAACUUACUACCUCGAAACUAACACCAAUAAGCCGUACGCUCAGGGUUAAUUCCGCACACACUCGCACUAAACAACGCUGCAGCGCUGGGAACAAACUCAUGUGUUGUGUUUGUCGCCGUCCGCCACGCAACGCCAGUACUCGACACGCCGCCGCCCUGACUGAUCGUGCCCCUCCACUCACCACCGUCUACAUCUUUUUACGAUGCGAAGACACGAGGAGGGCACAGCAAAAUGGACCAUUUGGUUAUAUAGAGUGCUUUAGACGGCUCUUUGGAAGGUCUUUUUCCCUCUUCAUGUGGGCAGGUGGAGAAGAAGACUUCAUCAUCCCUUGGAGCGCCUCAUUGACUGACUCGAGAAAGCUAAUCAUCAUCAUCAUCAUCAUCAUCAUCAUUAUCAUCAUCAUCAUCAUCAUUCUGCGAGGAUCAACGGGCGACGAAAUGACCAGCACGACGGCAAUUCUCAUUACUCAUAUUUAGUUAAGUGAAGUCUGCAGCAACAGUUGUAAUAAAAAAAUAAUGCACAUGAGUUUUUACUGAAUGCCUUGAAACACCACACGCAGACAAACACGGACACAAUUGUAAUAAAAAGACAAUGCACUUGAGUUAUUUUUACAGAAGAGUUCGAAACACACCACCAACGCGCGGGCACGCCUCCGUUCACCACCAAUUUUGCAGCCGUAGUAGACCCUCUUCCCC